AUGAAUGAUAAUAAAUAUACAUCAAAUAAAGUUAGUAUGAAUAAAGAACAAGUGUUCCGGGCAAUUGUAACUGUUGAACAAUGGAAUCAUACACAGCGAUGUGGGUUUAUUGAACGAUUAUUACCAAUAUGUAAUUCAUAUCAACUUGAUAUGUUAUGGACAGUUUUACAACCAUCAUUACAUCGUGAUUAUUAUUACGCAGUUAAAUCACGUUUUCCUAAUUAUCAUUUCAAACAAAUAAGUACACCUAAUAGUCGAAUAUUUAAGGUAUGUGAAAAAAACACGAAAAUAUUUUGUUUUGAUUUUAUAUUAAUUUAUUUAUAUAAACAAAAAAAUACAAAAGAAUAA